CCUUCCUGGCUAUGGCUGUCCAGGACUACUUACUCCAGUAUAAAACUGAGAGCAGAAAUAUGAUCACAUACUAAGAAGUCUAAUCAAUUCUGGUUUCAACACUGAGCCUAUUUAAAAUAGAUAAUGGAAUUGCUGUUCCUUGUUCUGUUCUCUCUGCACAUUCUCAAGACAGAGGCAGUAGUCGGAGGCCACUGGUGCUAUCAGUCACAGAAGUAUGACCAGCCACACUGUGAAGAUCCUCGACAAUGGUAUCUAACAUCUGUCACCUGCAAAGGAAACAAACAGUCACCUAUCAAUCUUGUCACCAAAAAUGUCGUUUAUGACAAGAGCCUUAAGCCACUGAAUUUUGAAGGAUACGAUGUGAAGGGAUCUUCAAAAUGGAACAUAGAAAAUAAUGGACAUACAGUUAAAGUAACACUAACCACAUCCCCUAAAAUUGGAGGUGGAGGCCUGGGAAGAAAAUACAAGGCGAUAGAAUUUCAUUUGCACUGGGGAGUCCAAGGUGUGCAGCAAUACCUUCCCGGGUCAGAGCACAGCAUAGAUGGAGAAAAACAAGCCAUGGAGCUUCACAUUGUCCACAUAAGAGAAGAUGUUUCGGGUAUGACAGAAGCGAAGAAACAUGCAGACGGUGUGGCUGUGUUAGCAUUCUUCAUAAAGGUUGAAGAAGAAAAUAAAAACUAUGCAACUCUAAUAAAUGAAUUAGACAAUAUUAAAUACAAAGGGCAAACAGCACAGAUGGAGCCUUUGCCACUGAGUUCUCUUCUUCCUCCUGAGGAAGACCUUGGAAGGUACUAUCGGUAUGAGGGCUCCCUCACCACUCCCGACUGCCAUGAGGGAGUCAUCUGGACGGUGUUUGAGAAGCCAGUUGAACUCAGUAUUUCUCAGAUUUCUCAGUUCUCAACAGUUCACUUUGACGGGAAGAACUCGACUUACAUGGUUGAAAAUUUCCGGCCUGUUCAGUUUCUGAAUGAACGAAAGGUGUACUGGUCCAGCGCCAGCAUCCCCCUGCCUACUGCUAAGGUUUUAAUGUUGGUCCUGAUGCUUACGUACAUCCUGAGUUCUCUUUUCCAAUGAACACUUCUCCCCUCAUGCAAGGUUCUGGGCUUUUUGGAGGGGUUUUUUUUGUUGUUGCUGUUGUUGGUUCUUUGUUUCAAGUAGCCUCUCUAACUACCAACUCAUGAAUCAUAUCUCAAUAUAGAAUUUAACCUUGUCCUCCUCCAGACACUAACCAAGGACUUCUGUUGCUGCUCUUAUAUAAAAUGAAACCCAUUGCACUAAAUCACAAGAAUUCAAAGGAACUG